UCGCAAAGUCAAACCAUUGUAGCCAUUACUGGCGGUAUUUUUUACGUUUUAGGGAGCUUGAGGGUUUGUUUGGACCUACAACAAGUAUUUCUAGAAUUGUAAAGUAACCUGAAAACACAUCGUUGGUUGCUGCUGUUUGAAAAUGAGGAUUCAUUCUGAAGCCGCGUUUCUUGUUUGUCUAUGCUUGUGGAUAAAUGUAGCUAAAUCGCAAAAUGCUGAUUUUGUACCUGACGAUGAAGAAUCAUCAGGAGACGGUGAGGAGUUCUCUGGGUCUGGCUCAGGAGACCAUGAUCUCAAAGAUUUCGAAAUGGCAACCCAAGCUAAUGCUAACACUACAAAGACAGCCUGGGUCACAGAUGCCUCUGUGAGGCUUCCAGACCAGACUACCACACCACUUGUACCCAAUGCUCAAACAUCACACCCCAUCACCAAGGCUCCUCGACUGCACACCACCACAGUGCCCGAAACUCCAUCUCCAACCUCUGGCAAGGUAGUUGUCACAGUGAAGGGAGUAUUUGGUUCUGAAACCACAGAAGCCUACCAUGAAGAGACUAGGAGUUUUACAGCUGAGAAGCUACCACAGUUGCCAGUAACUACAGAGCUGUGGACAACCACAAGUCCAAUUGAGGUCAUUGAGGAAGACACUACAAAAUCAGUCAUGCUGGUCAAGGAGAAAGGGGGAACUAUGAUUUCAUCUGAACAUGCUGACUGGUCAACUGAUACGCCUAAAGUGGAGGCAACAGCAUGGCCUCUGUCCACAACAGGACCCCGUGAGCCAGCUGACAGUGAAGCUUCUGGUAAUGCUGCCGAGACCACAACUGUUCAGGAUACCACAGAAGUCAGUUUUAUUGAGGACGCCAUAAUUCCAGAGGUUAAGCAAGAGGUCAACAGAGCAAAUCCGAAUGAUGGAGACUUUGACUUUGAGAAUGAGAACCCUAAAACAAUAUCAGACCAACCUCUGUAUGAGUCACCUCUGGGUAACGCAUCCGAAAAUGAGAGUUUACUGGAAAAGAAGGAAGUCCUCGCAGGAGUGGUUGCAGGUGGCGUGGUGGGUCUGGCUUUUGCUAUCAUGCUCGUGGCACUCAUGGUGUACCGCAUGAAGAAGAAGGAUGAGGGAAGCUAUGCAUUAGACGAGCACAAACAACCCAACGGUGGCUACUGUAAACCACAGAGACAGGAGGAGUUUCUGGCAUAAAGACUGCACACUGUCACUUCUCUUGUUCUAUGCUU